AUGUCCAGGGUUGCAAGAGAAGGAUUUAGAAGAGAAGGACGCGGUUCAGUUAAUAUACGUUUAAUAUCAGCAUAUUCAGCCCAAUUAUAUUUAGAAAAGGGCUGGCAAAUAUUUGCAAGACAUGACCCUAAUCAGUUAUUAUUUUAUUACCCAAUACAAGCAUUGAUAGAUCAAAGGAAGGAGCCUAGUUUAAUUCAGCUUUGUAGAAAGUAUAAUCCAAGUGAAAAAUUCAUUCUCUCUGUGAGUAUAAUUGCCGAUGUUGAACAAUGUCCAGAAACUCCACCUCCACUAGAACCAACAAAUAAUGACAAAAAUAAUAAUUUUAAUAAAAAUAUAAGAGAAGGUUUUGGACAAGAAUUUGUUUAUGGGACUGCUGUACCUACUAAUGUUUAAGAAAAAAUGUUCUUUUUAGAAGUUUGGUCAGAGUUGGGAUAUCUUAGCUAGAGAGGAUAUACUAUUCCCUGCUUUCUAGAAUCACACCAUUUUCAGUUCCAAUCGGAGACCCUGAAUUUCCAGAAAGAAAAUUCUUGAAAAAUUUCAAAAAAAAUUUCAGUAGCCUAUUCCCCCCAAAAUUUUUUUAUUCUUUCAUAACUGCCGAUGCCCUCUCCUCUCCUUUCAAUUCAAUUUCUGUCCAUCCCUAUCUGAACUUCUUUCACUAUCCAAAAUUAAUAAUUACUUGUAACUCUCCCCAAGAUAUCUCCCCUCCCCACAGAUCCCUAUUUUUUGUUAACUCCCUCCCUAGAUGCCCCACCUUGUGAAUCUCUCCAAGAUAUCCCAAUCUGACUUUGCUCUAAUUUUUCAACUACUACUAAUCUAAAUUUUAUUUAAAAACCAAUUAAAACAAAUAAUUGGUAUUUGGACAAUUAUUUGUUUAUUGGUAUAAAUCCACACAUAUUUUUACUCAUUUUUCUGGUCACCACUGCCUUAAUUUUUAAAUAUUUUAUUUUUUAAAAAUUCCAAAAAAAAAUUUUCAAAAAAUUUUCCCCUUUUUAAUUAUUUUCCUGCCAUUUUUCACCAAACGCGUGUGCAUUUUUUUCUUAUUAAUUUUAAUUAAUUUGCACCAAUUUUCAUUUUUCAUAUUU